CUUGAGUGAACUCACACGAAGCAGACAGAUUGGCGACAGCAUACUCUGCAAUUUAUCGAACGACAUAUAGUUACUCCGAAAGAGUUUUAUCAGAAUUUUGUGACGGUGUUUCAGUUUAUUUAUGUGAUUUUCAGGACAACCUUCUCCACUAUCGAGUAGACCGAAAAUGAGCAAAUUGGGCUUCCUUCUGGUCGUUAUCAUCGAUUCGUUAUCAACGGCAUUGUCCUGUGGCGGAAGGACGCUUUUACAUGCGGGAAUCACCCAAUACGACAAAACCAUCAUACUCGAUGCCCACAACCGCGCUCGCCAAGUGGUGGCUUUGGGGCAAAUCGCCAACCAACCCCCGGCUCAAAACAUGGCAAAAAUGAUUUGGAGCGAGGAACUGGCCGCUAAAGCUCAACAAUGGGCCAUGCAAUGUUCUUCGUACGUGCACGACCCCAACCGGCACCGAGGUCACCAUUAUGUCGGCCAAAACAUCGCCACAAAAUGGUCAACAAGAGCCCCUGUAAACUAUUACGAGUCGCAAGCGGAUUGGAUCGGGGACGCUAUUUCGAAAUGGUUCGAGGAGAAUAGGUUUUAUAAUUUUAAUGGAUUCAGAGGUGGAAAGACGGGUCAUUAUACACAGAUGGUUUGGGCGGAAAGCGUGAGUGUUGGUUGCGGUUUUGUUUAUUAUUUGGAUGGGAAAAGGUACACGAAAAAAUAUGUCUGUAAUUACGGUCCUAGCGGAAAUGUACAAGGUGAGGUGCCGUAUGAGAAAGGUUAUCCGAGUUGUAGCAGUCACGGAUUAAUUGAAUCCAGAACCUAUCCUGGUCUUUGUGAUAAAUUAGGCAGUCACGAUGACAAUCACCAUUACGACAACAAUUUCCUCUACGAAUAUUACACAUAUGUGGGUUAACAAUUACAAGUACAAUUUAGUUAAAUAAAUAGAAAAAUUAUUUAUUUCACCAAUCUUAUGUUUCAAGUACAAAUAAAUUGUUAUUUCAA